AUGGAAUGYUUUGGCAAGUGCAUUGGAAUUGAUUGGURCCAAUCGGGUAAUUUUAAAACCACUCCUGAAGAUAAUGGUCAACAUAUUUGUCAACUUUUSCCUUCUGAUCGAUUUACUAAAAGUAACGAUUUUAAAGACGAUUCCGCAUACGCUAAUUUCAACUUUAAGAGCCAAUGCAAUGCCAAUAACAAGCCAUGUCUUAAUGAAGGGGAAUGCAUCAGCAAUGAACUUCGUUGCAGAUGUAAAAAUGGAUUUUCUGGUGAACAGUGCGAAAUUGUGCCAAAGACUUGUCGUGAAAUACAUCAGAAAAACCCUUCUUUGCCAUCUGGAGUGUAUUUGAUCUUCCCUAAAGACCCCACUGGGAAAAAGUUUAUGAAAGUGUAUUGUGAUAUGGACACKGCUGGUGGAGGCUGGACACUAGUGUACAGCUACACUUUUACAGCAUACGACAGCUUCGGAGCUAGUGCAAAUGCAGUGACUCCUCGRCCGACAUGGCCAAUGAGUCAAGGCUCUUUAACGCCAAUAUCUACAGUUCCUCCUCUCAGCGAAACUCAGUACGACGCGAUGGAUUUCAACGAAUGGAAGACGAUUGGAAACGAGUUUUUUAUCAAAUCCAAUAUUAAUCACUGGAUUAAGUGCCAAGAAGGAACCGGUAGUCUGGUGAACAUGAAGGCCGGAAGUGUUGCAUGUGAUGUGAUCAAAAAUGUUGCACCUGUAUGCCCCAAUCACUCACCUGAUGGUCUCGCCGUUGACGAGGGACCAUCUCUCUGGCGCUCAUCAAGUUUGGCMSUCUUAAGGGUGUAUUACUACUUUGAUACCUCUACUGCCUSGUAUYUUKUGCCUAUUUGGCCAGUGAACGACCCUUGUGGAACGAGUAGUAGUCAGAAUCACGUGAAAGGGAUCAGUAAUCCUCAUGGCAAYAUCUAUAUUCGGUAGAGCAAAAAACGUUAUAAAGCUAAGAGACAUGGGGAYGGACCAAAUAACGGCAGCAAGUUAACUAAGACCGAAGGGGCUCUUUAGAACGGUUGAGUUACGUUCUAUUAGCCUCAAUCAUGUCAAUUGUUUUUAAAAUAUGAAGAAAUGUAGAUAGAACUCGUAAGACUUGCAACUAUUUUCAUUGUCUUCGUCUAUACUCACAGAUCUUUCGCAUUUGCACGGGCUGUCAGGCCUACAUGGUUUUUUAGCUAACGCAGUGUAAAAGAGAUCGAGUUUAUUGUUAUAAGUUGAAUCAUAUUUUCCUAAAGAUCGAAUACCGUAUAUUAGAACUUUWCUUAUAGUGACCACUUCUAUUCAGUGCAGGAAACGUUUGGGAAAUAAAGCUCUGACAUUUGCAUGAUAAUAGCUAUAUAUUAUACUAAUUUUCCUUUCACAAGACUCCCAGGCCCUUAUCUCUUCACUUGUGGUCCAGACACAUAUCGUGUUUACUAGGUAGGUCAGUACUUCACCUUAAAACACAGUGUCAUCUCAAGUAGUUAAGAUUAGCUGAUGAAAAACACAGUGAAUAACGAGGGGGAGAUAUUGUCCAGCUUUUCUGUGUAAUCAGUCUCUAAUUGAAAUGAAUGAGGUCUUGGGUGGAAAUCUCACCAUGGAGCAUGUAAUCUCACCUGUCUUACAUGUCGGUUAGAUACUCUGGCGGAAUUUAAGUUACGUAAUCAGUAAUUACAGUAAUAAAUGAAUUCUAAUUAAGCAGUGACUAUUGCACGUGUAGGCAGUUACACAGCAUGCAUUAUAAAGA